UAUUAACAAUGCUAAUUAACAGAAAAAAUGCUACCUCGACUGAGUAUCCCCAGACUAACCCACAUCUUGUAUUGAGGGACACUAAAGGAAAUUUCGUGAAACGAACUACUAAAAAUAGAACAAAAAUGUUAGCUAGUGCACAGAAAAGAGGCUCUCAAGCCUCUGGAAUAGAUACUGACACACUAGGAAAAUAAGAUAAAUCCCCUAUCUCAGCAAAGAGGUCCUGACAAAAGUAUGAGGCCUGACUUGAAGAAUGGAGUCAGUAAAGAAUUCCCCAUUUUCUCUAAAAAUCCUCAUCAGCACACUCAUCCCUCAACAGAGAUAAUAUUUGGUGAACCUGAGAAAAGAGUCAGGCCAAUGACUUCAAAAGUAAACAGCAUGAUCAGAAAGUCCCUUGUACUUAGAAAUUCCAGAGGAGCAUCCGAGAAACAGAAGAGAGAGCAGCAGCCUAAAUAUACCAACUCAUUUGGUCAAUUUGCCAAAAGGUCGUUGUCUCCUGACAAACAGAAGAUUUACAGCUUCAUGUAUGGGUCUACUUCCUCGCUUAAAAAAUUUAGAAAAAGAAUGUCAAAAGUGUUCUUAAAAUCAGCUAAACAAGCAAGAAGAGAAGUAAGGAAUCCCUCAUUUGCUAUUGAAAUCAACAAUUCAACCCUGAUGCAGUCUAGCCUGGCUGAUAUGAACGAGAGUCAGUACAACACUGUAAAGCAUUCUGAGACUGGCAAACAUUUGGGAAGAAAUGUCUCAAUAAAAAGAGCUCAUCAGAACCUUUACCUUCUGAAUUCGAAAGUCCACCCUAAAUCUCUAAAGGGAGAAUCUCAGUAUAGCUCUCAGCCAAUUUCAAUGAGAGAGGUGCAGUUUCACUCCCAGAAUCCGUCUUUGGAGAAAUACUCUAAGCCGAUCCCUUCUAAGACAGGAGAAGUGUUCUCGCUAGAAAGCGAGACAUUAAACUCUCUGCAUGAGAAUACUUCAGAUGUUUCCAAGAAAAUCGCGAAUUCCCUGCUCAAGACAAAGAGAAGGAUGGAGAAAAGCCUCAAAAAGCAUUACAACAUGUUUCAAAAAUAACAUUUUCUAUGAAAAGCCUGAAGCGCCUAGUAAGGAUCAGAAUUUAAUCACGAACAAUCUCAUGAGUGAUGCACCUUCAAAACUGAGCAUCGGCGAUCCUGAGAAGAGCAGUAGCAAGUAUAAGAAGAAAUAGAAAUAUCAUCACAGCUUCUGAGUCUAAUAGGCAAAGGCUUAAAUCUGCCCAUCCUAAUAGAAGGGUAUAUCAUACCAGCUCUGGGAACCGAAAGCUGGCAUUGCGCCGUAGUCUUGAUAAAAAAGAGUCUCAAUUCUCCCCUUCACAGUUAACUAAUGAUCCUCAAGUACAAUUAGAGAAGAUACUGCAGUAUAAAUUUGCUAAUGAGGUGAUAGCUAGGGAACCAAAUAAUGAAGGAAAAUCAACACCCAGAGUGAAACCGAAAGCAAAGAAGACAAAAGGGCAGAAAAUUAGAAAGAAUAGAAAUAUUUACAGAGGUAUUGAUAAAGAUCUGCUCAAGUUUUACUCAAAUACGGGUUAUACUAGGCAUUUUAAGAUGAAAGACUUCCAUAAUACUAUUAUUCAAUAACAAGA